CAGCUUUCUCACUCUAAAAUUAUAUAAUUGAUGUAGGCUAUGUUUCUCUCUCAUGUGACAAGCUUCUUAUUCAGGGAACUUGUGCAGCUAUGAGAAGCGUACUCUUAAAGGGCCCAAUCAAUGAGUGACUCAUUAAUGGUGAUUAAGAUUGGAGAGUUGUCUCUGUAGAUCUCAGAUGAUGGUUUAGAGUUUAGUGUUUAGAGUUUAGGAAGAGAAAGCACGUCCUGGGAAAUGGGGUGCUCUUUUUCAGGCCUGAAUGCCUUGUAUGAUGCUGUUAAUGGAGGCGGGGAUGUGUGGAUCAAUGAGAACAGGUAUAGGAUUAUCAGGCAAUUGGGGGAAGGGGGUUUUGCCUUUGUUUAUUUGGUCAAGGAGGUCGUGGCCGAGGGCUCUGUCAAGAAACUAAAGGACCCAUCUCAUAUUUCUGAUAAUGGAAUGUAUGCAGUGAAGAAGGUCCUGAUUCAGACACCAGAGCAGUUAGAGUUGGUGAGGCAGGAGAUUCGAGUCUCAUCACUUUUUAGUCACCCCAAUUUGCUUCCUCUUCUGGAUCAUGCCAUCAUUGCUGUCAAGGGUACACAAGAAGGAUCAUGGAAUCAUGAAGCAUACCUGUUAUUUCCUGUUCAUCUGGAUGGAACUUUGCUAGACAGGGCCAAAGCUAUGAAAGAAAAAAAGGAAUUCUUUCCGACUCUUACUGUUCUUCAAAUAUUUCAACAGCUAUGUGCAGGGCUGAAGCAUAUGCACAACUUUGAACCUGCUUAUGCACAUAAUGAUGUCAAACCUGGGAAUGUCUUGAUAACUAACAGAAAAGGGCAGCCACCUCUUGCAAUUUUGAUGGACUUCGGCAGUGCAGGGCCAGCGAAAAGGGAAAUCCGCUCUCGGUCUGAGGCUCUACAGUUACAGGAAUGGGCAGCAGAGCAUUGUUCUGCACCUUACAGAGCCCCAGAGUUAUGGGAUUGUCCAAGCCAUGCAGACAUUGACGAGAGGACAGACAUAUGGGCACUGGGGUGUACUCUCUAUGCAAUAAUGUAUGGGAUGUCACCUUUUGAAUAUGCACUGGGUGAAUCUGGAGGGAGCCUACAGUUGGCUAUUGUGAAUGGACAAAUAAAAUGGCCUCCUGGUCCGAAUCCUCCAUACCCAGAUGCUCUGCAUCAGUUUGUCAUAUGGAUGCUUCAACCCCAAGUUGCCAUGCGGCCACAUAUCGAGGAUGUGAUCAUUCACGUUGACAAGUUAUUGGCAAAGUAUUCGACGUGACCAAAUUGUGUUAUGUUAUUUAUUUUGUUAUGAUGAAGCAACUCAUUUGGUGCCAUAUUGAAUUUGAGCAAGAGAGUAUCCUAGCUGCUAUUAAGGUAGCAUCUAAGUUUUCUUGUUUCGGUUUUCCUUUUAAUAGCUUGCGAGCAUUCUUUGAGUACCA